CCACCAGACACCAAAGUCAUCUUUGUCGCCACCUUCAGCUGCCUCUGUCUCUUUCUCCUCUUCGUUGCUGUCUUCUUCAUCUACAGAUGCACUCGGCACGGUAAACUCGCGGCUAGUGUAUCUGGCAUCUCAGCUCGACGUGCACGUCUCUUUUCCUCAAAGCCUGAAGAAUCCCGGGGAGUGACCUACGUCCAGCUAAACACCAACGCACUGUCUGAGGCAGCUUCUGUCCCCACCGAGGAGCCCCCAGGGUCGUGUGACUACGCAACGCUGAAGGUGUAGAGCUGAAGGAAGAGCUUCUUCCCUGGGAAGGAGAGUACGGACUAAGACGACGGAGCUUAUGAGAGCCCAGGUGACUCUGUGUCUUUGGUUCAUUAUCCAUAAUGAUGGAAUAUUUUCCCUUCUCGCUUGCCCGCCUCUCAACAAUGACUGGGUGGGUUUUCACAAAACUGGAGCGUAACCUGUGUUUGGUUCCACCUAAAACAUGGGCUAAGGAUACAUAUCGUAUCUAUGGGCUGGCGGCGCUCAUAAUCGUCACUGUAGGGCCUUCAGGACGGUGCCAUGUGAACAGAAGACGGUUCCUCAGAGAAGACCACGUGACUGCUGUGCGGUGAGUCAUCCCACAGACACAGAGAUUUCAAAAGGGAGCACAAAAAUACGAGCCAUGAAGGGAGACGCUCAGUUGUGAACUGACAAAUUGCCAGGUACCGUGCACCAGGGUAAGCGGCUAAAAGGCUACGAGUAUUUGGUUCGUGAUUCUUUCAGGCCGCGCUGGGCCGCCCUCAAGUGAAGGCCAGUUUCCUCUUUGACAUGAGUGAAAGCGUUUUCUUACUUCCGUCGUAUUUCUCUUUAUAUUCUUUCUUGCUUAUUAUCAAAACCAAAGGCUGCAAUGCAGUUAGACUUACAGAAUCUAUGUGGAUUUUGUCACUUGGUGCCCAUAACUUAACUCAUGUUAAUACAGCAUUGUAAGGAUGCUUCUGAGGGUGGACUUUUUUGUGUAUGUGACCGUGGUACGGCCCACUUAUUUAGUGAUACACGUACAAACGUACGAGCUUUGCUUCCAAAGUUAUGUCACUCAAUCAGGUUUGAAAGCCAUUUUAAAAUAUAUGAAUGAAGUGUCAGUAUUUGGAACGUAUAUGUAAAUAUUCUUAACUCAGUAGCAUACGCUGGAUAACUUUUUUUUUUUUUUUGGCCGCGCCGUGCAGCUUGUAGGAUCUCAGUUCCCCGACCUGGGAUUGAACCCAGACCCUCGGCAGUGAGAGCGGGGAGUCCUGAUCACUGGACCACCAGGGAAUUCCCUGGAUAACCUUAUUAAAGUUUUUAAUUAUGAAACAACUCUAUCAUAAAGAAAAACACCCAAUAAUAUAAGUGGAAAUAUGCCCGCUGACCUUAUUUUCAAAACAUUAACACUUUGCUGUGUUUUCGUUCUCCCACUCCCAAUCCAUUUUCCUUCCUCUCUUCCUAAGAGGUCAACAUUACCCAAAGUAGUAUAUAUUAUACCGAUGCAUUUUUUUCAUACUUUUACUCCUCAAGCAUCUAUCAAUAGUCAAUAUAUGGUAAUAGUUUGUGUGUUAUUACAACAUUUUACAUAUAUAUGGAAUCAUUAUUACAGUUCUGUCACCUUUUUUACUGCCAUCGACAUUAUGCUUUUGAAAUUCAUCUGGGUGAUUUUUGUGUCUCUAACUCAUUGCCUGCUGUACAGAAUUCAGUUGUUAACCAUACCAUGUAAUGUUAUUCAGCCACAAAAAAAGAAUGAAGCACUUUUACAUGCCACAACCUGGAUGAACCUUGGAAACAUUAUGCUAAGUGAAAGGAGCCUGGCACAAAAAGCUUCAUAUUGUAGGAUUCCAUUUAUAUGAAAUAUCCAGAAUGGACAAAUCGUUAGAGAUGGAAAGCAGAUUACUGGUUGCCAGGGGCUAGGGGAGGGGAGGAAUUUGGAGUGACCGCAAACAGGCAUGGGGUAUCUUUUUGGGGUGAUGACAAUGUUGUCGAAUUAGACAGUGGUGAUGGUUGCACGACCUUGUGAAUCAGCUAAAGACCACUGAAUUGUACAUUUCGGAAGCACAGAUUUUAUGGUAUGUGACUUAUAUCUCAAUAAAAGAAAAAUUGUAAAAGGGCUUGGUUGUAUGCACAAACCAUGGUUUCUCUUUGUUCCUUCCUGGACUGCUAGGUGUUUGGGUUGUUUCCAAUGCUAUGCGGUCAGCAAAAUGCUGCAAUAAACAUCCGUGGAGCUACCUUCUCGCUCACAUGUGUGAUCUCUUGAGGGUUUAUAUUUAGAAGUAAAACCCGUCUUCUAUGGUGUCCACACCUUUUAACCCACUAGAAGAGGCAAAGUGAUAACUAAGGUAGUUUCACCUAUUUAUUCUUCCACCAAGGAUGUAUGUUUCCAAUUCCCUGCAUCCUUACCAAUUCAAAAGUGUAUUAAACUUUGUAAUUUUUGCUGACGAAAUACGUGAACUCAUAACCUGUUUUAAGCUGCUUAUGUAAAGAUACCUCAUUGUUGCUUUAAUUUGCAUUUUCCUGAUCGUGAAUGAGGAAUGUUGACCACUCGGGGUUUCUUUUCUGUGAAUUGAUGGUUUCUAGCCAUUGUUCACUUUUCUGUUGAAUUGUUGGUAUUUUCUGUACUGAUUUAAAGGGCAUAAGUAUAUAGUAGGCAUAUCUUUCCUUUGUAAGCUAUAUGUUGCAAAUAUCUUCAGUAAAUCUGUGACUCAU